CCUGAAUUUGAGAAAGUUGAUGAGGAAGAUUUGCUAACUUAUGGCAUGUGCGUCCAAGAUGCAAAGAAGGUGCUGCAAAGUUUCAAGACAUAUUUUAACUAUUUUGCAUCCCUCUCAAUUGACCGGCCAAAUGCAGAAUUGGCAGUAUUUCUUGAAAGGAAGUAUGGCCCAGAAUGGUAUAAAGCAAAUAGGAACAGUGAGGAAUUCAAAGCUUGCUGGAAAGCUUACAUCUCUCCAAGAGAUUUAUUCAUAGGCUGCAGCAUUGGGGGGCCACAAUCAAGGUGCAACUCAGAGCUAUACACUCCUAAUCAAUUCUGUCUGCAACUUGGAUAUUGCCAAGACAUCCCUGCUCCACCUCAGUUUACCGGAAAUGUUUACUUCCCUUUGAGGUUCCUCUUUCCUGACAUCGAAUCAAUACAAGAGCAGGUUCAACUUACCAGCACGUUCCUCAACUCAAUUGACUUUCAGCCACCUCCACUUAGCCAUCCCGACUGCACUAAAGCUUAUAAAGACUGGUGGACAAAGGAAGAUAAAAGCAAAGUCGAAAAUCCUCCACCCAUUGGCAAAGUCAAGAAUUCCUCAAAUGAGAAACCAAAGACGCAACCUACUAAGAGGAAAACGUCUUCUCCACAGAUUUUUGAUAAAGAGGAUGCACCAAAUAAAAUUGCAAAAGCAUCUAUUCAUAGUUCCACUAAGCUUGCGAUCACAAAGCAAGCCGACUUCACAAGAGAAGAAUUGCAGUCGGUCACCACCUCACCGCCAAGGCCUAUUGCUCCUGCACAGGCUGCUUCACUCGUGAUUGAGAUAGAUGAUGAUGCCCUUGAGAGUGAGGUUUUUGCUCAACUGGACCUCUUGGAUGACUUCUUGGAAAUAGAAAAGUCCAUGCCUCCUAGCUUAAAAGAUAAGAUCGUGGAAGAAGAAAAGAACAAUCCGGAUGUCCCUUCUCAAGAAUCCAUCGAUGUUGCCACCCACCUUCUCCUUGAGCUAUUGAAUGGUAAUCCAUCUGAACUUUGCCAAGUCGUUGAUCAAAAUGAGGCAUUCAAUGCUGCUGAGGUCUUAAGCAAGGUUCCCACAUUGGAUGCAUCAUUGCGUAUGUUCUGGAGCAAUUUCCUUAUUGUUUACAAGAACUUUAGCCAGCGGUUUAUGAAUGAGAAGAAAGUUGUGUCAGAAGCAACCGCGGCUGCAGAUCUUUCUUGGCAAUGUAAAGAUGCAGUAGAGAAGAAAAAGAGUAUUUAUGAAAAGGUGAAAAAUAACAUUAACACCCAAAUGAAGCUGCAUCAAGACAACCUAGAUGAGAUUGCCAAACUAGAAGCCCGCCUUGCCGAGUUGAAAAAGGCAACAACAAAGGAAGAAGACAACCUCAAAUCCCUUAAAGCCGAGAGAAGCAAAUUACUAGUUGAGCUCAAGGAAGAAGGACGUGAAGCUUUGGUUGCAAAGAGUGAGGCUGCACAACAGGAGGAGAAAGCAAAGGAAGCCAACAACACACUACAGCAAAUGAGAGAUGAGUGGGCUGCCUGGAUGCAAAACCUUUGCUAAGUUUUUUUUUUUUUUAGCAUCAUUCAUCCUUGUCACGGCCAUUAAGCCGCUUGAACAUUUUUU